AUGCCAGCCUCCAUCACCUCGUCUGUCACCUGUGUCAUGAGCAAUACCACCAACCAUGUCUUCUGGACUGCUACCACAUCGUCUGUGCCAGUUGUCUGCAUAGCAGGGCCCAUGACAAUCGCCUCAAUUGCCCCCUCUGUGGAGGCAGGAGGAAUCAUCUUCUCUUAUGAUGAGCUGUUUGAUCCAGACUAUGCCAGCCUCCAUCCCCUCGUCUGUCACCUGUGUCAUGAGCAAUACCACCAACCAUGUCUUCUGGACUGCUACCAUAUCGUCUGUGCCAGUUGUCUGCAUGGCAGGGCCCAUGACAAUCGCCUCAAUUGCCCCCUCUGUGGAUACCCCUCAGUCGUGAUGGGAACAAAUGCACUUCCCCCAGAGGACCGUUUGCUCAAGUUCCUGGUGGAUAAUUCGACAGACAGUGUAGUACAGUGUGCUAACUGUGAUGUGGAGUGCAAAGCACAGGAUGCAGGGGCCAUGUAUUACUGUAACACCUGCAGCCAGCCACUGUGUGGAGAGUGCAGAGAGCUCACACACAAAGCCAGGAUGUUUUCCCAGCAUGAUAUUGUGUCCCUGGCCAAACGCACCAAAGAGGGCCACCGCAAGUGCUCGCUCCAUGAAGAGCUGUACAUCAUGUUUUCGACAGAGAAAAAGUCCAUGCUGUGCAUCAAGUGUUUCAGAGACAUGCAAAUUGAGGAUCGCACUCACUGCAUUGACAUUGAGACUGCAUACAGGCAGGGAUGUGAAAUACUGGAUCAAGCUGUUCUGGGAGUGAAGGAGCUGCAGACGUCAGCACGAGAGGCCAUCGUAUUGCUGAAGGCCAUGCUGGGUGAAGUGCGGACAAGUGCUGAGGAGGAGGAAAGUGCUAUCUGUACUCUGUUCUACAGCAUGCAGGAAAAACUUGCAGAGAGGAAAAAGGCCAUGUUAAACGCAGCUGAAAGUCAACAUGAAGAGAAGGAGAAAGCACUAAAGAAACAGCUUUCUCACUUGGCCACCCUCUUGCCCACUCUUCAGGUGCACCUGGUCAACUGCUCCGCUCUUCUCAGCUCAGCCAAUAAAUAUGAGUUCUUAGAUAUGGGAUAUCAGUUGAUGGACAGACUGUGUAGCAUUGUAAAGCUUCCUCACAAGUUUCGUCCUGUCCAGAGUAAUAAGAUAAACACAGACUACCAUGCUGAGUUUGCCCGCUGUCUGGAGCCUCUUCUGUUGUUGGGCCAGCGGAGGCCUGGCUCUGUAACUGCAGGAACUACCUUGAGUAACAGGCUGUCCCCUCUGUCUAUGUCGUGCCCGUCCCCUUCUCUCAGUGAAAUGCCUUUUGGCCGCAGGCCCACCUUUCACCGAAACAUUUGCACCAAAGUGCUGCUUGCUGAGGGCAGAGAGUCACCCUUCACUGAGCACUGCCGCAACUUUGAGAAGAGCUACAGGGUUCUUCAGACAGAGGUCCAGAAGCUGAAGGACGAGGUUCAGGAGAUGCACAGAGACCUAACAAAACAUCACUCUCUCAUCAACACGGACACUAUGGAUGAGAUCCUGGAAAGGUCUGUACUCAUUGACAAACAGAUCGCAUCUCAGUAUUCUGCUGUGCAGACCCAGAGGGCCAUAUUUGAGGAGAUAUGGGAUGUGACCUUUCAAAGAGUAACCAAAGAGCAAGAGAUCUACGAAGCACAGCUCCAUGACCUUCUGCAGCUGAAGCAAGAAAAUUCCUACUUGACAACCAUUGCACGACAAAUUGGACCCUACAUCUUAUCCAUAGCAAAAGUAAAAGAGCGUCUGGAACCCAGGUUUCAAACGCCUGAGAAUGACUGCGUGGGCACUGUAGUGAAAAUAUGUGAGGACAGCGCAAUGACUGCUGAACAAAACCGCUGCAAUGAGAAGAGUCGCUCAGCAGGAUAUGAUCGGGACCCUGGCACAGACAACUCUCUUAUCCUGCCGCCUGGUGAAACGCUACUAAAGAGCAGUGACUUCUGCUGGCAGGGAAAGCAGAUAAAUAUUUCAAAGGUCUCUUGCGGCAAAGAGCUGCCACUAUAGAGCUGCAUGUCAGAAUGAUGGGGAACAGUGACCACAAAUGUGGCAUGUACUUUCAAGCAUGUGCUAGAUGUCAACACAUGAACAUGGGGCUUUACAGUAACUGAAAAAUAAGAAGGGCAUGAAUGGAAUAUUGAUAACAUGAGUGUGUCAAAUCAAAUGGACCUUCACUAUAAACCGUUUGGAUCGGAUGGUCCAUAAAUGUUUC